GGCGUCUCAGUCGCAGCAUCGCGCGCGCGCCGUGAACGCGAGUAUUACGCGCGCGCUUCUCACCGACUAACGUGCACCGACGUGCAGCACACGGUUACGUAUAUCGUAUACACGGAAUACGCUUCGCUGUCGCGUGCGCGCGCCGUGCGCGUCCGCUACUACCAGGCGAGGGAGCGUGCGAUAACCCGCGCUCGCUCGAACGAGCCAACGGAUCCUGCCGUCACACGGGGUGCCGUUGGGGUUGAGGUUGAGGUUGAGGUUAGGGACGUCGUUGUCCGCGUGUGUAUGCGCGUGUGUGUGUAUAUUCGCGGUUUGCGCGGAGGAUCCGCACACGCACGCACGCACGCACGCACGCACGUCGGUGACUGGAGCAGACUGCGCUCACGGUCGCGACUGUCAGUUUCACAUUCAACUAGCGGAGGAACCCCGGGGCGAGUCUAAAUGGCGUAACGACGACGCUCGUGGACGUGGACAACGUGUUGGAGAAAGAGAGAGAGAGAGAGAGAGAGAGGCUCCGGAAGAAAGGAGUUAGGUCUCUCGCGCACGAGUGACGUAAGAAGCCAGAUUAUCGUGCUGACGUUAUAGAGGCGCUCCAUAGAGGAGCUCUGUGGCCGCGAGUGAAGGAAAGGUGUUCGGAGCGACCGCUAAGAGGAAGUCGUCUCUCUCUCUCUUUCUCGCGAAGCGUGAAAGGGGGAGGAAAAAAAAAAGGGAAGAGGCCGUAAGCAUCGUAAGAUGGGCGAGAGACGCGGUACGAAGGCGCUGGAGCUUUGGUGCCGUCGGAUAACCGACGGUUAUCCGGGUGUAAACGUGCAAAACAUGACCACCUCCUGGAGAGACGGACUCGCCUUCUGCGCCAUGAUUCAUCACUUUCGGCCGGACCUCAUCGACUUCAACAGCCUGAACAAGGACGAUGUGUACGGGAACAACGAGCUGGCUUUCACGACGGCCGAGCAGCACCUCGGGAUCCCCGCGCUCCUGGACGCCGAGGACAUGGCGUCCUGCACGGUGCCCGAUCGAUUGUCCAUUCUCACCUACCUCUCGCAAUUUUACCAAACUUUCGGAGGAUCAUCGCCCAGCCGUCUGGCGACGAACCGAACGACCGAAACCGCCGACGAGAGGAUCGCCCCUGUCCCGGAGCCUCCUAAGCAAAAGGUGGGGUCGCGUCUGGGGAUGCGGAGGGAUCCGUGCGCCGCAUGCGGGCUGCCGGUCUUCCUGGCUGAGAAGCUGCUGAUAGCGCGCGCUCCUUAUCACCGUACCUGCUUCCGGUGCGCCCGCUGCUGCAAUCAGCUGACACCGGGCAACUACUACGAAACCGAGGAGGGCCAGUACUGCUGCGAGACGUGUCCGGACGAGGAGGAGGAGACCGAUAGCGCGCGCCACGGAUACGCCGAAACGGCGAUGUCACAUGCGGCGGAAAGGGAGAAGUCGAGGCCGCUCAGUGACGAGGAGAAAACAGAGAGAAAGGGUGUACUGGAGAACGCCGCGGUGCCCGAUUUGAUCUCCCAUACGUCGCAAAUGCGCAAGAGCUUUAUGACCAGCCAGCUUCUUUCCGAGAAGCUUGACGAUUCUGUCGCGAAGGACACGAGAGACAUCACGAUCGAUUCGGAUCGUGAAAAAACAAAAAGCAGGAUCGGCUCGGCAUUCCCAGACGACGACGAGAACGAGGAGGAGGAUGAGGAGAAUGAUGAUGAUGAGGAGGAAGAAGAGGAGGAGGAGGAAUCCCGUAGCUCCGUGACGGAUUCCCCGGAGGAGUCCAACAUUGAGCGAUAUAAUGUACAUAGCGCGUUAAAUAGCUUAAACAUUAGGAGCGACGAGGAUCAGCGAUCGACUGCCAUUUCAUUCCAUGACAUAGGAGGUAAGAAGAGAAGUGAGGAGGAUACCAAAGAGUCGCCAGGACGCGCCGGUGAACGAGCCAAUCCCGAAACGAAAUUAUCGUUAGUUCAGAUGAGACUCCAAAUGUUUGAGGCUCGGGACAAAAGGGAUCACGUCGAUGGGACGGAUCGAAACAAGCAAAGAAGUCCAGUGGUUCAGGGUGACUCCUGGGACCUAUCACCGGACGUCGUUCUUCCAGUGAAUGAGGAAGAAACAAAACGUCCGGAAAAGAGGCUCGAGGAAGACUCGAUAAUUAAAAAUAUUAAUUGUACAGACAGCUUUGAGAAUGUCGGUAAACAGCAAAAAGAAAAUUCGAAAAUCACUAGUAGCGAACAAAGCGAGGAAAACUUUUCAAAAGACAUUGUAUGGGCGAAUAACGAAGAGAGUCUCGAUAAAGGUAACCCGCUCGAGAGUAGCUCGAAAGUCAAAAGUAUCGAAAGACAGAAGGAAAGCUUCGCGAAGAUCGAGGACGAACGAAUCGAAAGCAAUAAGAUUAAUGAGGAGUGUUGUUUCAAGAAUAUCGUGGGUAGCAGCGUGCUGACCGCGAAAGGCAUCAAUUUAAGUGACAACGAAGAUUAUCCGGAGGACCUGAAUCCCUUCAAGAGCGACGAGGAAGGCAACGUUGUGGAGGAUAAACUACGGACUGUGAUAAACAGCUCUAGAGACAACAAAGUAUCGACCAAUCCAUUUGACAGCGAGGACGAGGACGUCGAGGAACCGGAACCGCCGAGGCCAGCGGCGAGGAGUAAACAGGAGAAUCAGGAAACAUCCGUGACGAAGCGGGUCCUGGCUGCACCGCAAAUUAAUCUCAAUCCAUUCUGGAGCGACGACGAAGAGGAGCACGGUAGCGACGAGGAAAGACGAGACAGAACGCCGCCUGGAAAUCUACCUGUACCGAAACCGCGUACUAUCAAGACCACUCCCGACGCAAGUGUCGUGUCACGGAGAGUCGAUUUAGAUCGUGGAGGCGUAUACGCGUCCAACAGUUCCUUAACUAGUUCUGAAUCAACCACAACUCCUGGUGGGACGUACAAAAAGAAAAAACCUGCACCGCAGCCACCAGUUGCAAAAGAACUGUUUCCGACUAAUCAGCGCGAAUCGCCUACACUUAAAUCGUAUAACAGCACAUCAGUCUAUCAAGAUUCAUCGUCUCGUACAACUCUACGAACUCGAAAAACCAAACCGGCUCCUCCACCGCCAAUGCCAACCAGCACGCCUAGCAAGAUAUCGAUCGGUACGCCAAGUUUCGAUGAAUCUCCCAUAAUCAAGCUUCGCAGCGAUGACCGUAGUUUGAACAUGUGGGAGGAUCAGAAGACAAACAAAGACGAGGCGAAUCGAAACAGGCAGAGCUUGAGCAGCGUUUCGUGCACCGACACUUCCUCUUAUACGUCUUAUGUCGAUAAAAGCGUGCAAGGAAAAUGGAAGAGGAAAAAGGGACCCGCUCCACCGCGACCAAUUCCACAUAAGAGAAAGAUCAAAGUGAUAUCUAUGAAAGACGUGAAAUUAGAAUUAGAUGAAAUAGAAUUACAACAACAAGGUUUAGAAAGGCAAGGUGUACGAUUGGAACAGUUGAUACGAGAUAAAUGCGAAUCUGGACCUAGAACAGAUGACUCGUCGCUUGAUGCAGAAGUGGAAGAACUGGUUUUAGAGUUAUUCGCAUUAGUGAACGAAAAAAAUGAACUGUUCAGGAGACAAGCCGAAUUAAUGUUAUUACGGAGACAACAAAGAUUAGAGGAAGAACAUGUUGAAGUGGAAUAUCAAAUACGAUGUCUCAUGUGCCAACCAGAAGCUACUAAAACAGACUUUGAAAAACAGAGGGAAGAAACAUUGAUACAAAGAUUAGUAGAAAUUGUAGAAAGAAGAAACGAAAUUGUCGAAUGCUUAGAGAUGGAUCGUCGAAGAGAGGUAGAAGAAGAUAGGAGCAUAAAUAAGCAUAUGGGUUUAUUUGCUGCGAGGAACAAGAACGGGCUGUCAGGUAAAGAUAAUGAUUCUUCUAACGUGGGGAAAACGAAAAAAGGAAAAAAAGAGAAGAAAGAGAUGAAAGAAAAGAAAUUGAAAAAGACUACAAAAAAGGAUGCCGAUAAGGAUGUGGAUGAGACUGAGGUAAAACUCAAACGCCAUGGCAAAAGAAGAUGGUUUUGAGUUGCGAUAAUGUUAGCAGUUAACGAUUAUGAUAGAUAUAGAAAAUAUUUUAUAUUUAAUACUUUUAUAUGUAUUUUUAACACUUUGUUAUUUAUAUAUGUAAGAAUUUAUGCUAAGAUUAUUAAUAAACUCUCCCGUUUAAUUA